GGGAUUGGGGACGAGACGAAAUCGUGUUGGGGAAACAGAUUUCAAAUUUUAUCUUCAUUUUUUGCCGUUUUUGAGAUGAGAAUUGAAACUUGAAAUAUGGCGUGGAGUUCUCUACCAUUGAUAGAGGUAUGUCGACUUGUUUUGAGAGAAAUCGGUUUAAAAUUCACUGAAAUAUCGGCAGUUUUAGUGUGUGUGUUUUGUGGCCAUGUUGAAAAAAUUUACAUGUAAAUGUAUAAAUAUAUAUGUAUUGAAAGUAUUGUAGAUAUUUUCAUAUAUUUUGUCCUGUUCUAUAGAUGGACGAGGUUAAUAUGAAGAAAGGAAGUAGCGAGUCAAAGAGUGGUAGCAGGUUUGGUCAAUUUUAUAUUAAUACUUUUAAUUUUAAUGCUAGUAAAAUUUGUAUUGAUGCCAAUUGCCAAACAGACCACAAUUGGAUGAAUUUAUAUCAGUUUUACAUGCACUAUUAAAAUUUUAAUUCCUUAGGGGCCAUAUUCAUAUUGCCAUAUGCAUGCGUAACUUAACUUCAAAUCGAUGUUAUGAAGGAGUGUUGUAAAUCGAUAACAUGUUAACAGAUAACAGUUAACCCUUUAACUUGUCUUGUGGCAAGCUGGAUAUAUUAUCCUGUAUUAAAGUUAACUCAGUUAAAUACAGCUGCAGCUACUAUAAUAAUUGUACUUGCCAUUUGAAAUGUCUACGCUAUGGUUCGCUAGUGAAAUUAUCACAAAAUCUUUCAAAAUCUGUGUGCAAUAUAACACUAGGACUGUUCGGUAUACCGAUAUAUCGAAAAUAUCGGUAUUAAAUCAAUAUCGGUAUAUCGAUACCGGAUUAUCAACCAUACCGAAAUUUCGGAUAUACUGGAAUUUUUCGGUAUACCGUGUUAAAUUUACCAACUAUAUGGUGAAACCAUAACCUUUAUUUUACUACUGAAUGGCAAUUAAAGAACUUUCUACUGCAAUGAUUUAGAAUUUCCACUUCAGUGAGAUUUUACACUGAGUAUGUUCAUGUCGUUCGAAACAGCUUCGAAAUUAUCGUUUUCCCUUUUAGAAUUACUCAAAAUUUCUUUCAAACUUCCAUUAAAGAAUUUUCCUUUAUAAUUAUCAAAGGAAAACCGAUAUACCGAUAAUAUCGGUAUAAUUUUUUCGGUAUACCGAUACCGGAAAUUUCUCAUACCGAACAUUCCUAUAUAACACUUGAAGGAAAUUAUGUUCUUUUGCUAGAAUACCGAAGUAAAAUGCUUCAUGCCAGAUAAUAUUUUCAAAAUACACUGAGGCGCAUUAGAGCACAAUGCAAGUUAAUGGGUUAAUUUGUGUUUGGCCUUAACUUAGGGGUCAAAGCCGACUUUCUGGCGAUAAUCUUGAGAAGGACAUUGGUAAACAACUGAGCGCGUUCAGGGAACAAAGUAGGACGAAUAAGGACGACGAUGAACGUAAACCAGUAAGUGACGAGUUUGGGCGAGACGUUCAACAAAAAGCUCCAAACAAUCGGGACGGCCAAGAUCGGUCGGACCAAGAGAGUUCUCGGAGUAGAGAGAGAAGCCGUAGCCCUCGUCGUUGGCGUGACGAUGACUGGGAGGAAAGGGACCAUAACCGCGGCAGAGAUUGGGGCAGGGACGAACCUCGGAGGAGGGGUCGAGAUAGUUACUAUGGCGGUGGCAGUGAAGAUAGGGGGAGGAAUGGAGAGAGAUAUCGUGACGGGCCGUCGCGAGGUCGGGAGCCUGACCGGUACCGCGAUAGAAGGGACUAUGACUAUCGGGACCGUGACGAGAGGGAUUACCGAGAUCGUGAGGAGAGAGACUGGAGAAGAGACAGAUAUGACGACAGAUAUGACGACAGAGAUGACGACAGAAGACGAGACUACAGAGACAGAUAUAGAAAUGACGUAAGUUUGCAACAUCAUGAACACCCAUACAAAAUAGCUCUGCAUAACAUUUUGAUUUUUAAUCGACGUUUCGACUAGUUUGUAGUCAGCCUCAGGAUUAAUAAUAGUGUAAAAUUACAGCUAUUAUAAUGUCAAUGGCAUUAAUGUCAAUGAAAGAUGAGAAGGUCUUUGGAAUUUCACCGUGGUUGAGAUCCGGUUUUCGUCUGCGUAAAGCAAAAGACUCCUUAGAUAACAACAGAGACUAGUGGUCUGACUCUGACCUAUCAAUUAUUUAAAAUUUCGAAUAAUAGUUCAAUUAAAAAAAAAUCAAAAUGUUAUUCGGAGUUAUAAAUUAUUGGUUCCCAUAAUUAAUGAAACCCAUGUUUUAUGAUUUUCAUAAAUGGUGUAGUAUUCUCAGAAAAAAAUAAACACCCUCUAAAAAUUAUAUUUUCAAAUUAUAUGGCAUUAGUGUAGUUUCCAGCCAAGCAGUAUCCAGUACAGCCCUAUUUGAUAGCUAUGAGUAAAUAUAAUAGCUGCUAUGGCUUGUGUUUCGAGCGUCUCAAUCUUUGCCAGGAGAUUUACAGCCAAUGAAAUAUAAAAGAUCGAACAAUCUGACCCAGCGUAGGUCUACGUAGUGACAAAACACGUGAAAACUGCGCAUAGGAUAGAGAUUCAACAUUUCAACUACCUGAGGAGAAAAAAAAAACAAGUAAAACUUCGACUUUUUAAACGAAGGCCCAAGAGAUAAAAAGUCUUUAUUUUUUCCCAGGAUGACAGAUAUUGGUCAGAACAUCGACCGCAUGAUCGCUACCACGACGAUAGAGAGUAUCGUCGAGAAUACCGCGAAGAGCCGAGCGAGAUCAUCAUGUUGAAAGGCUUGCCGACCUCUGUUGAGGACACACAGGUAAGAACUAAAUUUAACCCUUUAAGUGGCAAUACACCCUGAUGCACCUUACUUUAUUAUUUCGCUCUGUCUAAUGCCAGACGAUUUCACUUGUCAAGGGGAGAGUGCUGGUGCACAAUGAGUUAAUAAUAAAACAAUAUUGGGGUUAGUUUGUUUUAGUUUGUCUACUGGAAUUGUCUGACCCCCUGAAAAUGGUUUGGUAUAUGUGCUAGCUAUAUUUUAUUUAUUAGUAGAAUCAUACUAGUAUACUAUUGCAAAUGCUGUAAUUUGAUUGGCUGCUCUACCCGGUAUCUAUUCCUCGGUAUCUAUUCCUUGGUAUCUAUUCCUCGGUAUCUAUUCCUCGGUAUCUAUUCCUCGGUAUCUAUUCCUCGGUAGAUAGCGAGUAGCAAAACAAUCAUUUUCCUGGCGCUUUUUUUUUUAAAUGUCUUCCGUCUCGCGUUUUUCUAAGGUUAUUCGCUCUCGAAUUUGGUGGUAGUUGAUUCGGGCUUUGCCCUCAUCAACUAUCACCUCAUAGAAAUCUCGAGCCCAUAAUCUAAUUGUUAAAUGGUAAAGAUAAUAAUGUUGAAGUUACAUACAAUACAGUUAAACCUUUCCAGUUCUGAUUGACAACUCUCUUUUACUGACACUGCUCUAAUAUAUACAGCAUUCUGUGGCAAUUGAUCAGGUCCCAAUAAAUAUCAUACCAAUAACACGUUAUUGUGUUAUACUAAUUCUACAGAAUCCUCUAUGA